GCUCUGGAAAAGAAGAUUCUAGAUUAAAACAAAGGCAGUAAGCUUCUAUCAAAUGAUAUCUGUAACUUCCCAACAGGGACAUGGUGAAUCAGGCAUGUGAAUCUUUGGUGUUACUCUUGUUGUAAAAGAACCAGGAAUCGCGAACUAUGUGGAGGCCAAGUCAAUGGAUAUUUUUAAGGCAGAGAUAGAUUCUUGAUUCGUACAGGUGUCAGUGGUUAUGGGGAGAAGGCUGGAGAAUGGGGUUAGGAGGGAGAGAUGGAUCAGCCAUGAUAGAAUGCUGGUGUAGACUUGAUGGGCCGAAUGGCCUAAUUCUACUACUAUCACUUAUGAACAUGAACAUAUUUGCUCUGGUAUUAUUGAACAUUUCUUCACAUGAUGUGGUGUGUGUGUGAUAAAUAAAAUAUUGCAGAUGAUGCAGUGAUGAUUGAGAGAGGGGCUGAAGAUGCGUGGCAACACUAAAUAAGCACAAAUUGAUUUGUGCUUUCACAUUCCUGUGCCCAGAAAGGGCGGGAGAGGGAUUCUUCCUGAUUCUCUCAGGUUUCUCUCCAUAAGGGAUGAGUAUGUUUGCAAUACAAAGUCAAACACUUGCAAAUGGUGAAGCGUCACAUUUUAUUCUUAUUCUUCUGUGGCCGGCUGCAUUUAAAGAGGGGCCAUCCUUUUGUCUCGGAGCCAGCUUACCCAUCUAUAGACAGACAAACACUGUUUACUUGGCUUUCUUCUCAGUUGUUUGCUUAUGGAAAAGAGGGGUGUGAGUUUGUCCCAUACAAAGAAAGAGGCCCUCCCGACUAGAGCUAAUAACCAAUAACCUCGUCUGAUGUGAUCAUUAACCUUGUUAGUAAAAGCAGCAGCUCCGCUCAGUUCGAGGAGCUUGGCACUCGAGUGUGAUAACGUUGGCCAAACCUGGGGCUUUUCUCUCAACUGGCGGUGCUGUGAAUUUAAUCCUGUGUUCUGCCUUCGUCAGCUCAGCCACAACAGUUUUAAAAAAAAAUUCAAGAUGAGAUUCCAGCACCUCUUGCACAUUAUCCUCAUUGUGUGCACAGGUUUCCUGUUGAUCAGUGGACAGAAACCAGGUAAAAAAUGGAAAAGAAAACUGCAAAGGCACAAUUGUUUGCAAAGAAGAUGCAUGCCUCUCCAUUCGAGAGUUCCCUUCCCUUGAGGACCAGUGAAAACACAAAGGACUUACAGCACCUGCUACUGCCUCACUAUCUCAGAUUUGCAAGUCGAGGUGAAAACACAUAAGUCUAUUUCAAAGAAUUCAGAUUGGAAAAACAUGAGUUCUUGAUUGGCGAGCACAUACUCACUCAAGACUUGGACAGAGAGUUUAUGUUCCGAAUGGAAACAAGGCAGAAAAUCAGAAGCAUGACUUUGAAGAAACGUUGGUGAAAAUUGUAAAAUAAUUCUCCCCAGCUAACCACUUCCCGAAGACAAAGGACAACCAAAGGACAACUGUUUACUUUGUUGUAAUCUCAAUGAAUCAAGUGCAGAAUUAACAUGUGGAUAGUUGUAAUAUUGAAACUGCACGGCUAAGCACUCUACAUUCCACUUAAACUAAAUCGUGCUAUUGUAAAAUAAAUCUCUUUCUCUCAACUUAAACAUUCCACCACUGAGGAUUUUUUUCAAUCUGGUAGAAAUUGAUGAGAUGUAAUUAUUCAAACUUAUUUAAACCUUACUUAAAACGUAAAAAUUGGACCCCGAUCAGUUCUGAGACAAGUUAAAUACAUUGUGCCAUGUGCACAUUUCCUUUUUGAAAGUGAAUUACCAUUACGCAAGAAAACAGCACGGAACAUUGAAAUCUAGGGUAACGGAGUUUAUGAUCAGUCAAAGAACCUCAUGCUGCCUUGGUUUCUGUUUUUUGUUCAUGCUCAUUUUUCUCCAUGUAACCUUCUGCCAGUUUUCCCCAAUAAUUCAACACACUCAGUGACAUUGUUCAGAUUAAUGUUACGAACUACUCUGGUAGAGCAGAUAAUUUGGCAUUUAUCAUCUCCGCAACCUUUGAAAAUGUGAAGAUAGAUAGACACAAAGUGCUGGAGCAGCUCAGCGGGACAGGCAGCAUCUCCGGAUAGAAGGAAUAAGUGACGUCAGAAGAAGGGUCUCGACCCACAACGGCACCCAUACCUUCUCUCCAGAGAUGCUGCCUGUCCCGCUGAGUUACUCCAGCAUUUUGUGUCAAACUUAGGUGAAAACCAGCAUCUGCAGUUCCUUCCCACAUCUUUGAAAAUGUAACGGUCUGAUAUAUUGUCAUACAGGAUAGAAGCUAACCCUUUGGACCCACCACUUGAAUGCUGACAUUCUUGCCCAGCUAGACAUCUCCUGUGCCCAUGUCAGUGUCUUUGAUGCUUUGCCUAAUAAGUGUCUGUAUAAAUGCCUCUUAAGACUAGUGAUUGUUUCUAAUUCCACUCCCUCUUCUGGCAACGUGUUCCAGAUAUAAACUACUCUGUGUUAAAAAAAAAUCCUUAAAACUCCCAUCUCACUUUAAACCUAUUGCUUUUGAUAACUUUACCAUGAGAAAAAUAAUUUGACUAUCCAUUUCAUAAUUUAGUUCAGUUUAGAGAUACAGCGCGGAGAAACAGGCCCAUCGGCCAACUAAAUCCGUGCCAACCAGCAAUCGCCACACGAUAUAGCACUAUCCUACACACAAGGGAUAAUUUACAAUUUUACCGAAGCUAAUUAACCUGCAAACUGUACCACUGCGUCACCAUGCUCCACAGAAAACAAGGCCUGCCUAUCUCGCUCCCAUAACUAAAGUCCUCCAAUCUAAGCAACAUCCUAGAGAAUCUGUAGGGAGUAACUGCAGUUGCUGGUUUAAACCAGAGAUACGCACAAAAUGCUGGAGUAACUCAGCGGGAUAGGCAGUAUCUCUGGAGAGAAGGAAUGGGUGGCGUUUCGGAUCGACACCCGUCUUCAGUCUCAACCCGAAACAUCAUCCAUUCCUUCACUCCAGAGAUGCUGCCUGUCCCGCUGAAUUGUUCUAGCAUUUUGUGUCUAUCCUAGUGAAUCUCCUCUGCACUUUCCCCAGUGGAUUACAACCUUCCUAAAGUGGUGACCAGAACUGCACGCAGUACUCAAGUGCAGCCCGACCUGUGUUUUGCAAUGUUUAAACAUCACAUCCCAAUUCUUUUCAUCUGUGCCUUGACCUGUAAAGGUAAGCAUACCGCCGUUCUUGAUCACCGCCAUCUCAAUCUGUGUUGCUACUUUCAGAGAAGCAUGGACUUGGAAUCCUAGGUCUCUCUGUUCAUCAACAUUCCUCACUGCCUGACCAUUUACUGAUUUGACUGUUAUUGGACUUCCCAAAAUACAUUACCUGACCCUUAUUAGUAUUAAAUUCUAUCAGUCAAUGCUGUGCCUAUCUUUCUAAAUGAUCUAUAUCCUGCUGUAGCCUUACACAGCUUUCAUUGAACACCACAAUGUCACCAAUGUUUGUUUAAUCUGCAAACAUACUCCGCAUUCCUUCUUCAUUCACAUCCAAGUCGCUAAGUGUGUUGAAUCUGUGGAAUUCUUUGCCACAGAAGGCAGUGGGAGCCAAGUCAAAGGAUAUUUUUAAGGCAGAGAUAAAUUCUUGAUUAGUACGGGUUUCAAGGGUUAUGAGGAGAAGGCAGGAGAAGGGGGUUAGGAGGGAGAGAUAGAUCAGCCAUGAUUGAAUGGCGGAGCAGACUCGAUGGGCCAAAUGGCAUAAUUCUGCUCCUAUCACUUAUUACCUAACAUACACUGCAAACAGCAGAGGUUCCUAGCAACAAUCCGUACGGAACAUCAUCAGUCACACAAUGCCUGUGGUACAAAUGCACAAUUACCAAAGUAUGUUUUUCAACAAUGCUUUCUCCUUGUAUUUUGUGGAUUGGCAACCCCUUUUUAAAAAUGUAUACAAAAAACAUUUUAAAUAUAUAAUACUUCAGUAUCCAAGCUUCAUUGGCCAGGCAGCAUUAAAAUGUCAAUUUCUCUAAUUGCCAUUGAAUUGAAUAGCAUUUCAGACACCAUUUUUAGGGUUGGAGUUCACCCAUUCCUUCUCUCCAGAGAUGCUGCCUGACCCCUGAGUUACUCCAGCAGUUUGUGUCUACCUUCAGACUGAAAAAAGGUGCUGACCAAAACGUCACUUAUCCAUUCCCUCGUCAGAUGUUGCCUGACCCAUGGAGUUCCUCCAGCAUUUUUCUUUUUGCUCAACAUUCCAGCACGUGUAGUCUCUUGUCUCACUGCUCCAAAAAACUGUCCAUCAUCAUCACUGUACACCACUAUGGAAAUUAUAUGUCAUAAAUUCUGCUUCUAGAGUUGGCCAAAUUAAAGAGACAAUAGUGUUGAGAAGAAGCUUAAAUAAAUGGAAAUAUUUGAUUGUAAUUAUGUAACUUACAAUUUUACAAGAACACGGACAAAGCUUUCCCUUUUUAGGUUAUUAACCUGUAUAAAUGAAAGGACUAUAACUGCAGUAGUUUUAACUAAUAAGAGUAAUUUCAGUUUGCAUUAUCCCAUUGAUAGCACAAAU